GAGAUGAAUGUCACAUCCAGCCAGUGAAUUACUGAGGGCACUUCACCACAGUACCUGCAUGAGGUGUAGACUUCUGUGUGCCUGAGUCAGGAGCGCAUCAUAGAUCUGCGUUUACGGCUAUGAGGAUACGAGCGCUGUGUUGAGCCUCUUCGCGUCUUGGACAUUCACUUGCUCAGUGCGCGUUUUGGUUCGUGAGACGCGUGUGUGAGGAUCUAUCCACCGGAGAAUAACACUCAAACAAAUCUGUUCUUCAUACAUUCCCCGACACAUGGAAGAUCAUCUGAAAAACUCCGAGAGGAAUAUUAAAGUUCGGGAAGUGCUGAAAUGCGUUUGGAACCUCUCAAGAACCUCUCAGAGUCAGAAGAUCUGAGGGACACGCGGACAUGAGGGUUGCUCUGUUGCUCACUGAGAAUUUGCUUUACAUGUUUAAUGCCUAAUGCAUUUCUGACGUGUUAGAUGGAUUGGUUUUAUAUGAGGGAUGUUGAGAUAUAAAACAACCUUGGAAUUGAGGGUUGAGUGACGUUCACAGAAGCUCAUCAAAACGAUAGCAAAAUAAUAGUAAAAACUGUCCGCAUUAUUAUUUUUUUACGAAGUCAUGCUGAUUCGAAGCCAAGCUUUACGGUGGGCAGUUUUCGUGACAGUUUGUCUUCUGUUGGUGAAGGGGUUCCCUGCAAAAAGACGAAGAGCAAAUCACAUCAAAAGCAAGAGUGGAGCAUCUCUAGAGGUCAGAGGUCACGGUGGCUCCAAGGAUGUCAGACAGUCCCUGCGGGACAUCCAGCGGCAGAACCAAUUGAGGAGCGAGCCGCCUUUGCCUCGCCGUCAUAAGAGGAGAUGGUCACAGAUUCGCUCGGAGGGAGUCCUUCCCAAACCUGCUCCACAGGAAGAGGAAGAGCCGUUCAUUUUGGACCUGAAGAACUUCCCUGACCUUGCCAACGCUGACCUGGGCUCCCAGAACCCAAACAUUCAAGUUACCAUUGAGGUUGUGGACAACCCACAGAUGGAAAUUGAGAUGGAUCUUGCCAAGGAGAGCAGGAAUGACUGGUCCUUGAGCUCGGAAGAGUGGCCUGGCCAUAAAAAGCUCUUCUGGCCGCUGUUCUGGGAAUAUCAUGACUCCAGUCAAGAAGGUCCUGGGCAAGGCAGUCUGGAGGAGAACGGAGAGGACCUCAGUUACGAGGGAGAAGAUUCCUUAUUGAGUGGUGUGGGUGCAGACUGGAACAGGCGAUGGAAGGGCUGGGACUCCAUGGACAAUUACGAAUAUGAGGAGGAGGAAUGGAGCGACUGGUCACCUUGCAGUGUCACCUGCGGACAUGGGAAUCAAAAAAGGAUUCGUUCGUGCGGCUACGCAUGCACUGCCACAGAGUCACGGACAUGUGAUUUAGAGCGUUGUCCUGAUGAUAUAAUUCCUGUGACAGAACCGACUCCUCAUGAAGUGGCAAACAGCACAGAGCUUUUUGGCACAGAUGUUGACAGCUGUGAGAAGUGGCUGAAUUGCAAGAACGACUUCCUCCAGAAAUACCUACACCAAGUCCUGACUGAAUUACCCAAUUGCCCUUGCGUGUACCCAUCCGAGGUGGUCUACAGUGCUGUCAACAUUUUCGAUAGGAAGUUGCAAAAGACCUAUCGCUGGCGAGAUGCCAGUGGCCCCAAGGAGAGGCUGGACAUCUACAAGCCUUCUGCAAGGUUUUGCCUUCGCUCAAUGCUCUCUUUCGACAGCACGACGUUGGCUGCACAGCAUUGCUGCUAUGAUGAUCACAUGAAGCUCAUUACUCGAGGCAAAGGGGCCGGAGCCCCUAACCUCAUCAGUACGGAGUUCUCUCCAGAGCUUCAUUACAAAGUAGAUGUUCUUCCAUGGAUCCUGUGUAAAGGAGACUGGAGCCGUUUUCAUUCGGUUCGGCCUCCCAAUAAUGGUCUACAGUGCGUGGAGAACCCACAGGAAGACGUCUACAUGAAUGAACUAGAGGAGGCCAGGGAGUACUGAUCCAGAUCAAGGAUUUCACAUCAAAUCAACCAGAGUUUGCUUAAUUUUCUUAGUCUUAUGGUACAGUUUGGGCAUCCCUGAUUGGAGGAGUUUUUCAUAGAUCUGGACUCUUUGGUCAGACUUUUGGCUGUUGCUAAAUGGAACUUGAGAGAUUCAUCUGGAGACAAAAACUCAGAUACUGUCACAAACUGUUUCGUACAGCUCAACUACAACAACACUGGUUUAUUGGUCCAAAGCCCAGACUGGAAGAUCAUGAUGCAAUUUUUUUGUCUCCUUUCUUCUGUGAUGUUACGUACGUGCUCCAAAGUUCACCAACAGUUCUUCAAUGGCAUUCUCUGGAGCAAGUUCGCUGUAUUUUCAUUGGAUACAUGUUUGUUUUCCUUAAGUGUCCUCAAAGACUCUAUUCCACCAUUAAAGGAAUUCCAGUAAAGCUGCUAGAAUUGUGAGAUAUUCAAAAAUGCAACAAAAUGCCUAUUUUGUUGACUUUAGACCUGAAGCUCAAUCCUGGCCUCGUUCAAAUCCAUGUGAGAUCAUUCCAAACAAAUCAAACACAAGCCACCAAACCGAUUCAACAAAUUUCUGAGAACAGUUCUUCUCUUUAGAGUUUGUAUAUUGUUACUUCAAAUAUACACAGACUUUGUGUCACUGGAUAGAUAUUUACGCAGAAUCAUUUGACCUUUGACCUAUCUUUUUGCGGAGCAAAAUUAGGGAACCUGAGAGGCGAUAGGAAACCUUUGCCUUUGAGAAGACGUCCCUCAGCAAUGGGAGGCUUGUUUUUUAAAAUCUGAAGUAUAUUUGGAUCCCAUUCUGUUUUCUUUUUUGCCUUUUAGCACAACUCAGCUUUGUACUGAAUGCAAUAUGAGACAGCCGCCUGACACCAGCGCAAGGGGCUGUCGGAGCUUGGUUGAUGGAUUGAAGUCUUCCUCUAAAGGUGAGGUGAAGGUGACACUUGUUGUAAACGAACAUCUCUUUAAAUACAAUGGCUCUUUCAAUGUCUCGCUUCAUCCUUGAGUCCCAGUCAAAGCCUUGAGGCUUACACGGGAUGUAUUUUGAAGCACCUAAGCCGCCCUUUUCAGCACAAGUGUUAUCAUGAUCUCUUUGUGAGAUGUUGACACGGAAUGCUGGUGAUUUGAUUUCUAAAUUCCCGUUGACAGACGACUGUUCCAUGUAGCAAUAAACAUCCACCUUUGAUGAUAUCUUGCAUCGUGAUUUAAAACACAAUGUAUAGUGCUAUGAAAACUCCUUUCAGAUAAAUUAAAAAGAGCACAUUAUGUUAUAUGGAUUAUUGCUGCAAAUGCGCAUUUGCAGUGUUUUGAACCUAAAAAGGUUCAAGGUUUAAAUCCCAGGUUAAAGACGUCUGAGGGUUUUCAAUCCAGCUGAACAAAGUACUUUAAUACAAACUCAUUAUGUACAGAAUUCACAGAAUCGUGGUUCAUGGUUCAUCUGCUUGGUUCAUCUUAAGAUCUACAUUCCUUUAAAGUUUGGUUCUGACUGUAAAUAAACAUCUAAACCUGAAAAAGAUAAUCAAGGUAUUUGCGUUCGCUUGAAAAACAGACAGGUUGCAAGUAACACUAAACUCUGCAGGAGAAGAUCUCCAAAUGUAGGAACGAGCCAAGUGCGCAUUAGCAUCGCUUAUGAUCCCUGUCAGACCAGAGCAAAACCGUGAAGAUGUUUUCAUUGUGAUAACAAUAAAUGCCAGCCAUGAAAAUGUCAUUCAGUCCAGCUGUGAGAACGCUUUUAUGAAUUUUGCAGCAUCUGCAUGGCUUCGGUUCAACCUAGGCUCAUUGGAAAUACAUGCCUCUUUCUACAUUUUUGCAAAACCAUACCUAUGCAUACAACUGACUACAGUAUCCAGCAGAAAUUACUACCUGAUCUCAUGACGAGAACAUACCUGUGGGAACUUUUUCACCAGCAAGUACAUAUCACUGCAGUUUCCAGCAGAAAUGAACACUAGAGGUGGUAAAACAGCGAGCACUUGUAAUCAUUUUCGAACACCGUUAUAAUUACAGCUCCAUAUGUUUCACUUUGCAGACAUAAAAAGCUUGCUGGGUAGCUCAGCCGGCACGGAACUGGACUUUGGACAUGGAAUCCUUGGGUACAAAUCCUGUGAAAAAUGUGACUCACAAUGAAUAAGCUGAAAGAUGAGAGAUCGAUAAACAAGCUAAAACGGCAUUCCUGUGAUUGUGUGUUUACAUCACAUUCGCUUUUGUUCAUACUACAGGGUAGGUUUAGAUGUAGUGCAGCGUUAUUUUAAAACGUCAUGGAGCAUUAAAGCUAUAGCGCCACUCAAUAGACAUUUCUAAUUAGAACUGUGAUGACGCAUACAAAACCAACCUCACAUAAAACAUACCAUAUGUAUGUUCGUUCGCUCUUUUAGCACCACCCAGUGGACAUUUCACAUUGAAUAUGGCACGAAACAUACAUGGUGCUACGUAUUUUGCAUCUUGCGAAAAAGUUCCCAUAGGUACAUUUUUAUCAUGCGAUCAGGUUGAGAAAUGAACACUGGUGACAGUAAAAUGGCAACAACUUUUCGACAUAAAUUAUGAUUACAGGGGCAGAUUAUCGAUUAAUAAUGACUUAUUUCGGUUUGAAUCCUUGCACAAUAGUUUGUCAUGACCUAAAACAGUUUUACCACAGCGAAUGAAUAGUAACUUAAUCAGCUCCUGUAGUAAACUUGCUUGGUUGCGCACUUGGUACUGCAUUGAACUUUCAGUGUGAAGUGCUCUAGUACAAGUCUCAAGUAAACUAAAAUGGCAUGGCUGCUUCAUGUUUUUUUCUUACAGUUGCUUUUGUUAACACUAUUGGUUAGGUUUAGUGUAGGUGAUAUUUUGUUUUACCUAUAUUACCACUCACCAAACAUUUCAUUUCCGAACUGCCGCCGUAUGUACAUACAACAACCAACACAAUAAAAUGCUGACAGAUUUACUCUUGUUUAGCACAACUCAGUUGACAUUUCAUUUUGACAAUGUUGUGAAAAAUUUAAAAAGCAAUACAAUAUUCCACAGAAAAGUAAAUCGCCAUCUACAGUGUAAAAAACUUUGCUGAGUCAACUUAAAAUAAUUUGUUACCCCGCCGCCUUAAAAUUUUAAGUAAAGUCAACUCAAAAAAGUUUAGUCAACUUGAAAUGUUAAGUUUUACUAAGUGACAACCUACAUAUUUAAGUUGAUUCAACUUACAAUUUAAAGGCAGCUGGGUAACAAACAAGCUUUUAAAUUCAACAAACCAAUUUUUAGUCAACUCGAUUAUCUCAGUUGUCACUUAGUACAACUUCACAUUUCAAGUUGUGACUAAACUUAUUUGAGUUGACUAAACUUAAAAUUUUAAAUUUUAAAUUUUGACUCAACAAAUAGUUUUUUUGUUGUUUUUUACAGUGUACCUACCUGAUUUUUGAUUUUUUUCUAUGGCAAUAUUUUGGUGAAUAAACUGAUGAAUGUGGGUGGUUAACUAAAAUGGAAAACUUAAUACAGGUUGUUGAAGUUUAGGUACAAUACACUCUUUUCCAAGUACAUGUAAUGGUAAGAUUUCACCUUUCAGAGCUUCAAAAAGAAAGGCACUUUAUUUAAAUAUUGAUAUUGGAAUAUAUAUGUGUAUAUAUAAUCGUAUAUUGAAUUAUACUUGUACAAUUUACUGACGUUAUAAAAAUGUAUUGUAAAGGGAUGAAUAACAAAUGCUGUGUUGUUUAAGGAUAUUGUAUGUAAUGUAAAAUUUGGCAUGUCAUUUUUAAUUUCAGAUUUAUCAUUGUACAGUAUUUAUUGCUUUUGAUUUUGUAACUCAUUGCUAUGAAGUGGAUAAUCAAAUAAUUCUAUGCACUAUAUGAAUCUGUAGGGGAUUUCUGGUCUUUGAAAAGGAAAGUGCCAUACCACACACCGUUCUACUUCAGUAAUGCUUCUAAAGUCAUCUUUCUUUGUAUUAAACACUCUGUGGCCAGAUAUAAUAAAUUUAACUUUG